CCCAACCAAUUGCAACAAGACAAGACUCUGUUUGGAUGCCCGGAAAAUCGGGGGAAGUGAGAAUCACCUGAGUAUAGUAAUUAACAGCAACGGAGUAAAAAAAGGAAAGGGAUAGUAGUUUUUUACACAAUCAACCGAUUAGAUACAGAGUAUUUUGUUCAUCAAGUAUUACCAACAAACGUUCAUCAACCUCUCUACCAGGUGUCCUCGUUCAUCCCCUCCCUAUCUCUCUGAAAUAGAAAUAGAAACAGAAAUAGAAACCAUAGCCAAGAAUCGAGAGAAGCUAGGCUUUGUCGAUAUACACACAAAUAUAUAUAUAUAUAUAUAUAUAUAUAUAAUCUAGAGAGAGAAAAUGUCUCAGAACGGCAAAUUGAUGCCGAAUCUAGACCUAAAGAGUACCAAACUCCUCAACUUAACCGUUCUCCAGCGAAUCGAUCCAUUCAUCGAAGAGAUUCUCAUCACUGCUGCUCAUGUCACCUUCUACCAAUUCAACAUCGAGCUCAGCCAAUGGAGUCGCAAGGAUGUUGAAGGAUCUCUGUUCGUCGUAAAGAGGAAUACACAACCCCGAUUCCAGUUUAUUGUAAUGAACCGGAGAAAUACAGAUAAUUUAGUGGAGAAUCUCUUGGGAGAUUUUGAAUAUGAAGUCCAGGUUCCGUAUCUAUUAUAUAGAAAUGCAUCCCAAGAAGUAAAUGGUAUAUGGUUCUACAAUGCACGCGAAUGUGAAGAGGUUGCAAAUCUCUUUAACAGGAUAUUGAAUGCAUACUCCAAGGUGCCUCCAAAGUCACAGGUAUCAUCUACUAAAAGUGAGUUUGAAGAACUUGAAGCAGUCCCAACUAUGGCGGUAAUGGAAGGUCCUCUGGAGCCAUCAUCAUUGACCGCCUCCAAUGUCACAGAUGUUCCUGAUGACCCUUCAUUUGUGAACUUUUUCAGUGCAGCUAUGAAUAUUGGGAGUGCUUCAAACGCAGCAAUGACUGGGCUGCCUUACCAGUCCUCUGCAUCAAUCCCUCCUUCCCAUUCACCCAGUGUUGUUCCUCCCACUCUUCCAACCAUCCAGGUAAUAUCUCCGCCUCUGCCAACAUCUACCCCAAUGCCACCCAAUGAUACUCCUGAACCCAGCAGCAGCAGCAACCGGGCCACUAAUCUUGUAAAGCCAUCUAUAUUUUUUGGUCCUCCAUCCUCUUCUGCGCUUAUGAUGCCUCCUGCUCCAUCCAUGCCUACUGCUCCUCCACUUCAUCCUAUUGGGAAUCUACAACGUCCGUAUGGUUCUCCAUUGCUUCAACCUUUUCCACCACCUACCCCCCCACCAUCUCUUACUCCAACUCCUGUUCCUACCACAAACUAUGGGCCAGUUAUUACCAGAGAAAAAGUCCGCGAAUCACUUUUGAUGCUUGUUCAGGACAAUCAAUUCAUUGACAUGGUUUAUCGGGCGCUGGUGAACGCGCACAACUCCUGAGCAUAUGAAGAACCAGCACUGCUUCGUGGAAUUUCCAUUGUCCUGCGAAGAAUGAAGUUUUGUCUAUUUUGUAGAUUUUUUGGCAAACUACGAGAUUGUGUGAAGACCUAUAAAGUGUAGCAACAUAUUUCACCAGCUAAAUAGAAAUACAUGAAUUUAUGUAUUGAGAUAUAUAACAUUGUAAUUGUGGUCACAAAAAUAUCUCCCAUGGUAGGCAUGCCAAUUCAAAUUGAGACGGGUGUUGGGUUUUUUCAGGUAUUCAAA